CGCGACCCAAACCGACCCCCUUCCCCUCGAUUCCUCUUCCUCGAAGACGCCACGAGCCAACGACGAACCCGCUCACCACCGCUCACCACCACUCACCACCGCAGCACCGGCGACCGCCACUACUCCGACCGAGCCCCUUCCUCUCCCCUCUCUCUUCAAUCCAGCCCCGUUGGAAUUCUUUUGUUUUCACUAUUUUUGCAGAUGGCUCGCACAAAGAACUCCACACGCGCUUCUCACACCGCAGUUGCUAGCUCUAGCCGCUCACAGGGCACACGAGGCGGCCGCUACCAGCCCCAGUUUGACACAGAAAAGGAGAUGCUGACAUACCUAGAGCUGAUGAAGAAGAAGGUGGGUACGAUGUACCACCCAGAUGAGCCCACACUGAUGGCAGCGGAGCCCACACUGAGGGAUGAGGUGAUGCACUUGAUCAGGAGAGGUUGGUGGCAGCAUUUAUUUUUCGGCAUCCAAGAGCCGACUUUCAAGGAAGUCACGUGUGAGGUGUUAGCCACAAUUGAGCUCCCAAAGCUCAUACCGGAGAGGGACUAUCAAAAAAGGGGAAUAAGGUUCCAAGCCUUUGAAGACAAGCUGGAUACUUCGCUUAGUCAGAUUGAGCGCUUUUUGGGUUUUGAUGAUGUUGAGGUAGGACAACGAGACGAGAUUGGCCUUUGUGACUUCCCCCCGCAUGUGAACAGACAGGCCUUUUGGGAAUCGAUUAGUAGAGGGGGCAAGACUUACAAGCCCCGAGAGACCCCAGCCACACUUCUUUAUCCCCGGAAGUUCCGAGUUAUCCACGCACUACUUGCUUCUACAGUGACCGGGAGGGCCGAGGUUGGGGCCAAGGUUUCUACCACUGACUUAUUAUGCCUCUACUGCAUGGUUCAUGACAGGAAGCCCUGCAUGGGCUCUAUCAUUGCUAGCCUCUUCCAUCGCCAAUCCACAAACCACAUUCAGGCCCUAUAUUCCGGUCCAUACAUUACACGUCUUCUGCGAGGGAUGGACUAUGGAGAUCAGUUCCGAAACAUGGAGGUUUCUUCUAGUUUUCUUCCGCUCACCAUACUUCCGUCCAUGAAUACCGGACUUGGGGCUAGACUUCAGCGGGAGGCUGACCGCGCAGCAGCAGCAGGAGGAGGACAGCAGGUAGAUGAUGAUGCUGAUGAUGAUGACCAUGAUGACGAUGAUGAUGAUGUGGAGAUGGAGACAGCUGCUCACGAGACCCCAUACGAUGCACCCCCCUAUGGCACAGCUUUUCCUGAUUCUUGGGCGGGGAUGCAUGCGCAUCAGGAUGCCGUGUAUCGGCAGUUGUCCGCUGAGCAGCAUGAGAGAUUUGAUCAGAUGCGCUUCGAGCAGCAGGACUUCUACAGAGAGAUGAGGGAGGACCAGGCACUUCAUUACACACAGCUCCAGUCUCAGUACACUCAGAUUGAUGAGAGACUCACUUCUAUGGAGACUAGCUGGAGCUCGUUCUUUGAUGCAUAUCCACCGCCACCCCCUCCCGAGUAUUAGAUUUCAUUAGACUGUCUGCCGCUAGCAUUUGUAUCAUGAUAUUGUUGGAUGACUGUACCGUAAACACUAUCACACUCACACUCUCACUACUGCACUUAACUCUUUAUAUUUUGCUAUGCUUUGUGUUCAUGAUGUGUUGCAGCUUAAAUGACUGAUGUGCCGUGCGAAUCAAGACCCAGUUUUGUUCCUGACCGACCAACGCGACAGGGGAGUUUCCAUGAUUCUUUGAACUCGAUGCGUAAUGUUAACUUGAGUUAUUUUUUUGAGCACGCGUGACCCUUUCCUCUUUACCCCUAGUACAUAAUGCAUUUUUGGUCAUCGAGGGCGAUGCCAAAGUUUAAGUGUGGGGGAGUGAAUUGGGCAUUCGGGCAGUAGUUGUCACAUGUGAUUUGUUAGAGCUAGCAUGCGCAGGUGUUGGUUGUAUAUUCAUAGGAAAUUCAUGCAAAAUUUUUGAAAACUUUUCUUUAAACUGUGUCUUUGUGGGCUGGCUAGCGUUUUGACUAUGUUUUUAGAACAUCUUUGAAGUGUUUAGGCUUAAAUUGCUUGCACUAUAAUCUAGUUGUUGAAAGGAUGAAGGCAUUAGUCACCCAUUGAAUUAAUCCAUUAAUCAUCCACCCCACCUGAAAAAUCCUUUAGGAGAAGCCAUUUUGAGCCUGAUCAUUCUUUGUCACCCAAUUAAUUAAGCUCCAUAGCCAAAUGGCCUGUUUUCUUUACCCGUGAGUAUUUCUGACUUAGUCUUGAUGUUUAGGGAAUUAAGGGAUUAAUUUGCUAAGUUUAGAGAAUUUGUGUAUGAGCCAUUUUUGGCACUGUUCCUAUGCCCCAAAUAGGGUAAGAGCAGUCACUUUUUAGGAAUUUGAUAUUUUCGAGGAUUGCAUUGUAGGCAUGGAUUCACCUUGAAUAAUUGAACUUUAAUUGCUAAUUUUCCUUGGUGAGGCUGAGAUUAGAAUGGGGUAAUGUCUAGUAAAAAUCUGAAAAUUGAAAAAUUAAUAUAGCUAGACCUCUUACUUUUCAAAAAAGAGAAUGGGAACCCCGGUCAAAAAGCGUAAGAUGAGACUUGGGUAUCUUUCGAAAGAAACGGCGUUCUCAUGCCAACAUGACAAGGAAAACUAAACCAUAAUUAAUGAACUUGGAGGCUAUUGAAAAAUUAGCUUUAGUCCUCCGCGUACUUCAAGUAUACGUUAAAAGCACAAAUGUGCCGAGACGGUUUAGCUUAGUGGUACACCAUGUCUGCUCUUUGCAUAGGUUUAAAUGAUUGUUCCUAAUUUGUGGCCUACUGAGUUCCUUGUUCCUAAAAAUAGCCCUGAAGUUCCUGAAUACAUUAAAUCUUUGUUAGAAUAUUCCGAUCUCUCAAAAUAAAGGGACUAUCAUUAUUAUCCAUUCACCAUCACAUUCACAAGUCCUGAUCAGUAGCUAGCUUAUUUGUGUAGGCUGUCAUUACUUUGAGGAUGUUGUGAAUAAUUGUGUCAAAAAGUUUAGCUUAAGUACAAAGGUGUAGUUUAGGGAAGAAUUUUCUUGGUUUAGAUUGUUUGUCUUGUGAAUAUCCCUUUAAACUACGUGUGCAUGCUAACUAUUUUAAAUUCCGUGUGGUGAUUAUCGUAAGUCCCGUUGUUCGAUUUGCUUGAGGACAAGCAAAAGCUUAAGUGUGGGGGAGUCUGAUAAGUCCGUAUUUAGACACGCAUUCGAUGCGUGUUUGGGUCGGAUUUUGAUGGUUUUCCUGGCUUCAAGGCAUUGCAAGUCUCAAUUUUGGCUCAAGUUGUGUUUAGCAGGCGUUGGAUCGAGUUUCAUUGCAUUUGGAGUUGAUUUGAAGAAGUUAGAGUCCGGCAAUCGGCGCUUGAGAAGCAAUCGGACAGAGUUUGGAAGCAUUCGAAGAAGAUUUGAGAGAUUUGGAGGUCAUCGGGGGAUUCACGACGAAAUUCUGAUGAAGAAAGAGCAUUUGGAUCGACCUCAUAGCCAUCCGGGAGCGUUUGGAGCAAGAAAACGAAGAAAAAGUGAAGAAUAAGGUCAGGCACGGUCGUGCCUGGAGUUAGGCACGCCGUGCCUGAAGUGAAAUAUUCCUGGGAGCUACUGGAGGCCAGGCACGGUCGUGCCUGGCAGCUAGGCACGCCGUGCCUGGACGCGAAAUUCGGCCUUCUUCCGUAGGCACGGUCGCAGGCACGGUCGUGCCUGGCACCGUGCCUGGCCGCGAUCUGUCCUAAUUCGACCCGAAAUCAUUGUUUUCUAUAAAUAAGGCCUCCAUACCCCGUUUUGGGGGUUACGAACAUUACGGAAAGGCCUAGGGACGAGUUUUACCUGCGUUUUUACGCUAUUUUCUUCCAAGACCCUGGGAUUAUUUGUAAGUUCAUCUUUUUAAUUAAUGACAAUUAUUUCUAUUCAUCUCAAUUCUG